UCAAGUUCAGGCACUCUCACAGUAAUAUUUAAGGGCUUCUGCAACUCGGUCUUACAGUCUCAUCUCUGCUUGGGGCUCACUGGAGACCUUUCAUUCGAAGAGAGGCUGAAACUUCCAAGGAAACUGCUCAUGAAUCGUACUCAAAAAAUGUUUUCUUUUCUGUUUCUAGUUUUUUCCCUCUGGUCUUUCUCUUCUACCCAGAAUGAAGAUGACUACAACGACUUCUUCUACCUAGAUUUUGACAAUGAAAUAGAAAACCCUCCAACAGAAGAAACCAUUUCCUGCGACUGUCAACAAUACCACACGGAAUGGGACAAGCUCUUCAUUACGCUGGAGAACUCACAGAUGAAACAGAACAUGCUGCUUCACUCCCUGGAUGAAAUCCUUAAGGUGGAGCUGCAGAAACUGAGAGGUGAACUGCUCCAGUGUGUGGAAAACUUUUCUAGUCUUUGCAUCACACCCACCACGCAAACCACCUCCCGGAUUUCAAACCAACUGGACCAGAUGCUGGUGAGGAAGCACAAAGAAGCCGGGAACCUCUCUGGGAUGCUUCAUGAAUCAGAGCAAGGCAAAGUCCUCCAAGAGAUUCUACAGCUGAGUCGAAACGUGUCCAACCGACUCAGCAAUCUGGAGCAUGCUUGGCAGAGGAAAGCAGAGCUGGAUACUCAGCAGAAGGGCUUGCCGGAGAAAGACUACAUGACGAGAGGAGACAAUUUUAUUCUGAACUCGCUCUGGCAAGAGCUGCAGGAAACAAAAGCCGAACUGAAAGAAUCCCACAAAAAGAAAACACGGAACCUGUUGCCAAGCGGUUGUGAGACAGCUCUUUUAUUCCCAAUGCGUUCCAAAAAGAUCUUUGCAAGCGUUCAUCCAACAGCUGAAAUGAUGCUCUCGUCCUUUACUGUCUGCAUGUGGGUCAAAGUGACUGAAAUGCUUGAUAAAACUAUUGUUUUCUCAUAUGGAACCAAAAGAAAUCCUUAUGAGAUCCAGCUUUACCUUAGCUAUGAUUCUGCUGUUCUGACUGUGAGUAGUGACUUGAACAAGAUAGUUGCUCAAAAUGUCAUUUCCUCUGGACAGUGGACUCACUUUUGUGGCAUCUGGAACUCAGUUAAUGGGAACGCAUCAUUGUGGGUAAGUGGAAAACGCCUCAAGGCCUCCUCAGAUAUAGCUGAGGAACACAUCAUUCCAGAUGGUGGAAUUCUGCAGAUUGGCCAAGAAAAGAAUGGCUGUUGUGUUGGAGGUGGUUUCAAUGAAUCUCUAGCUUUCUCUGGAAAAAUAACUGGCUUUAAUAUUUGGAACAGAGUCCUAAGCGAAAAAGAGAUAACAAGGCAGAGUGGAGAAGAAGCAUGCAACAUUCGUGGUGACAUAGUUGGUUGGGGGGUUACAGAGAUUCUGCCUCAUGGAGGAGCUCAGUAUGUUUUUAGUUUCUGAACAAAUGCAAAAAUUAUCCCUCUAGACUGCAUGAUCAUGUCAAACACAGUGUCUAGCAUUUCUACAAAUCUGACGGCUGAUUUACAUGAUAUUGCCUCUACAUAGGGGUUGCUCUAAAGCUCAAAGGUUUGUCUUCUAUGUGGAAAACUGCCUAAUCCAUGAGGUAAACCAGGACAUACCAUGAGCUGCCACUCAAACACUGUUAAUAAAGAAACGCCUAAAUGAAAUUCUAUACGGCAAAAGUCUUCUUGGGGUGAAUGUAGCAGAAAGCAGUCAUAGCUACCUUACUGCAGGUUCCCUGUUCAUUUGCGCUAUUCACACAAGACAAAUGAUGCCAGAAGGAGGAAAUGAAUGAGCGAAUGGAUGGGCAAACAGUGUUGAAAGAUGGUGGGAAAGGAGCUUUCUGCAGAUGACAGUAACAGCUCUCAGAAGAACUAACUACUACACUUUCCUGGAGCCUUCCCAGCACAUCACAUCUUAUUAAUGGGCUCCCAGAUAAACCAGAGUGAAGAAUCAUCAGCACCUGGGAACUAUCUAAAAUGGCUUCCCUGUGGCAGCAGUAUCGCGUGCGUUCUAGAUUGAGGAAUGGAUCCAAACACUGGCUCAGCAAAACAAAGUUGAAACUUACUCAAAGAUGUUUUUGAACAUACUGAAGAAAUACAUUGGAGCAGUCCUUCUUAAUACAGGGACUGCUUUUAGCCCAAGCUGAUUCUAUGGCAUAUAGGUGCCACAUAGCAAAUUUUUGUUCAAGGACUUUCAGCAAUCAAAUAACUAUACAAAAAUGGCUAGAGAGCCUAUGUGGUGUAGCGAUUAAGAGCUGUGGACUCUAAUCUGGAGAACUGGAUUUGAUUCCCCACACCUCCACAUGAUGCCUGCUGGGUGACCUUGGGCAGGUCACAGUUCUCUCAGAACACUCUCAGCCCCACCUACCUCACAAGAUGUCUGUUGUGGGGAGGGGAAGGGAAGGUGUUUGUAAGCCACUGAGACUUCUUAAAGUUAGAGAAAAGUGGGGAACAAAACCCAACUCUUCUUCCAGAACUUUUAUCUGCAAAGCUAAUAUUAUACCAUUUUUUGAGGAAUCCCAUUUGUAGAUGUUAUAUUACUAAUGUGAAUUUUACUGAACAGACAUGAAGUAACAAGUUUCGUUUUGUUCAUUGUUCCUGGUAUGCACACCUGAAUAAACCUAGUGCUUUGUCCAAGCUAUUACUUAUACUGGAGUCAACCUAGUUUUCAGAUAAUUACAGUUUUCCUGCUGUAUUAUUCUUUGAAGAGGAUACAGCUGUAUUAUAUUGUAAAUGGAUUUUGUACUAAUUUUAUUGAAAUUAUUUUUAUAUAAUUGUACCAUAAAUAAAAAUACUUUAUGAAAA